AUGGGUAGUGAGCAGUCAGCUCUGACGCAACGAGAAACUCCAAACAUAAUAUUAUCAACUCCAAUUUUUCCAAAAACGACGCCAGCCAGAAAUCUAAAUAGAAGCCUCUUUUUUAACAAAUUCGAGGGUCAACGCAUGGUUUGUCCAAGUUGCACAGAACCAGAUGGGGAUUCCUUGCUGGCACAUCUACGAAUUUGCGAUGAACACUUUCUAAUGAGACAUGGAAGAGGCUAUCACCAAAUUUCCGCCCAAGAGCUACAUCGAGCGAUUCUAAAGGAAGCUCUCUGUUCUCAUUGCAUCGUUGAGCAUUCCAAUUGCGGACAAAAGACUAAUCUCUUAACGUUGGCUAAACUACACGAAUCCUUAUUAAUGCCAAUGAAGUGUACAGCAAUCUUGAACAGAAUGGAUUACGAGACGGGAAGUGUUAUUGCUCGUGCUACGUACGAGCGACUGGUUGAGCAGUUGAAAUGGGUGGUAGACACGGAUUUGGAAUCGCGUGAUGUUGAUCGACAUUUUGAUGAGCUUGGACGAUCUUUCAACAAACUCGAGGCGUCUUUGAAACGUUUUGAGGAAGCGAAAACCCAAAUGGUUAACGAGAUGACCGAAAUCCAAAUGACGACAUUUUACGACGAUAUUUUGACUUUCAAAAAA